AUGGACGGUCCUUCCCACACGUACACUCCCACCUCCCAGAAGCUUGGGCCCGUCAGGGCCACUACAAGCCUCGAUGAGGGCACGCCCCAGUCGGCUAGCACCAUGCCUCAGGCAUCCGGUCCCUUCUCCAGGAGCGACAGCUCCUGCGACUCGCCCACGACCGUGUCUUCCACCGCCACCACGCUGCACUGGCGGGGCCGCACCGACUCGACCGAGUCGGCGCCGGCUUCCACCGAGGUCCUGAAAAGGGAAUCCUCGGUCUCGGCCAAGAAGGUCAACGCCAACAGCUACUGCGGCCGGCACUCGAAGGAGUUCCUGUUCGGCGGCAAGGGGUUUGGCGACCUCUGGCGCGCUGUUACCAGGAAGUAG